AUGGAGAGGCAGAGGUUUCCCUUCAGCAUCGACAACAUUUUGAAAAGUGCGGACGGAGCAGGAGCCAAAGGGAGGAUACAGAGUCUGUCGGAUCACUGCUGCUGCUCCUGCUGCUCCUGCUGCUCCUGCUGCUGCUGCUGCCGAGAGGGGCUCCGCACGGACUACAGGGGUCAUGAAGCCUACGGCCACAGCUGGUCCUCCUCUCUGCUCCCGGACCAGUGGCGGCAGGAGGAGCGGCAGGAGGCGCAGACGCAGGAGGAGCGGCAGGAGGCGCAGACGCAGAGGAGGAGUCGGCGUCAUCGCACCAUCUUCACGGAGGAGCAGCUGGAGGCACUGGAGGAGCUGUUUCUGCAGAACCAGUAUCCAGACGUCCACACCAGGGAGGCGCUGGCAGGACGGGCCCAACUGCAGGAGGAGCGGGUGGAGGUCUGGUUUAAGAAUCGUAGAGCGAAGUGGAGACGUCAGAGGAGGCUCCCGUGCUCCGUGUUCCAGAGCUCAGACCCAGGCCUCCCUCAGGACUCCUGCUGA